AUGACUGAGCCUGGCGAACCCCGUGUCCCGGAGGAAUCACCAACCGCAAUCCUGACCGACUCCCGCCCGACACCCGACACCCGCGAUGACGACAGGGAAGCAUUAGAACUCCAUUCGAUCCAAACGCACGAAGACAACGAGCUAGACUGCUCAACCCCAUCUGGCUCGUCUGGCGAUGAGCAUCCCGUGUCCACACAUCAGACUGCGUCGCAAGCAGGUUCCCGGCGCAGACGUGAAGCCCACAAUGGCCUUUGGGGCCAGAUCUGUCGGUUCUGGACUCGACAUGUUAUUAUAACUGUGCCGCAGAAAAGCAACCGAGAUCAUUUUGGUACGUUGUUUUCUGGCUACGCCGUUAGAGAGUUAAUUGACACCACCAAAGCCCUGGAAAGAACGUUCCUGGCGUACGUCCGAACGUCCACGGUUAUCGCCAUGCAAGGGGUACUUGUUGCUCAACUUUUGCGUCUUCAACGGCCAUCGGAAAAAGUCGAUCGCUUGUCGUUUCACGAAGUGGGUAUCCCGCUUUCUGUUGCCUGUCACUUUGUUGCAGUUUUUGUCGCCUUGACAGGUGCGUUUCGAUUCUGGAGACAACAAAACGCGAUCGCUCGUGGGAAAGUAUAUGCUGGGGGAUGGGAGUUAAACUCGGUGGGGAUUUUGUUAUUCAUGGUCAGUUCUAUCUAG